CACGUUAGCUUAGUAAUUUAGCUAACCGCGAGUAUUCCUCUGACCGUGUCGGCGCCGUUUACGGUGUGUUUUUUAUUUUUAUUUUUCCCGAAGCACCGAGGGGACCACGCAUUUGUGUUCGCUUACCGUCUUCUCACGUAGGCCAAAGAGGAUAAAUCACCGGAGCUUGUGUUUGAACGCAUUCCAAUGAUGAGUUAUGCUGAAAAGCCAGAUGACAUCACGAAAGAAGAGUGGAUGGACAAACUGAACAACGUUCACAUUCAGAGGGCGGACAUGAAUCGGCUCAUUAUGAAUUACCUGGUGACAGAGGGCUUUAAAGAGGCAGCGGAGAAGUUUCGGAUGGAGUCUGGCAUUGAGCCGAGUGUGGACCUGGACUCUCUCGAUGAAAGGAUAAAGAUCAGAGAGAUGAUCCUGAAGGGACAAAUACAGGAAACUAUUGCACUCAUCAACAGCCUUCACCCAGAGCUACUUGACACCAAUCGAUACUUGUAUUUUCAUCUGCAGCAGCAGCAUUUGAUUGAGUUGAUCAGGCUCAGGGAGACAGAGUCAGCGCUGGAGUUUGCCCAGACACAACUGGCUGAGCAGGGGGAGGAGAGUCGAGAGUGUCUGACAGAGAUGGAGAGGACACUAGCUCUUCUGGCCUUUGACAACCCAGAGGAAUCGCCCUUUGGAGAUCUUCUCAACAUGAUGCAGCGGCAAAAGGUUUGGAGUGAGGUGAACCAAGCUGUGUUGGACUAUGAAAACAGGGAGUCAACACCUAAAUUGGCAAAGCUCCUGAAGUUACUGCUGUGGGCACAGAAUGAGCUGGACCAGAAGAAGGUGAAAUAUCCCAAAAUGACUGACCUCAGCACGGGCACCCUCGAGGACCCCAAGUGAACGCAACGACGAACAGCCUCCUUCCACGUCUCUUUAAUUUAUAAUCAGUCAGUGACUGUGUGACAGCCAGGUAACAUAUGUACAAACAAAAGUCUACAUUGUUUUUGUUUUUUUUGUUUCACUCAUAAUUUAACUCAUUGUGUAAAACUGUAAGAUGCUGUAUUUGCAAAGUGACAGAAAUGAUGUAGUAUAAAUACUGACCAUGGCUUUUUAGAUUGAUCUUGGAGACAAACAAAAUUCAAAUUGCUGUUUUAAAUCUUGUCGUUCUAAAGCUGAAAGUCAGUAGUAUUAUUUAUUGCAACCUCUAAUCCCCCACCAAAUACUUUGUCAGAGAGAGCUGGUGAUACAAAUGAACACUGUUGAUGCUGUGAUGUGAGGAGCCAAAAAAUUAAAGGUCAACUGUAA